AUGCCCGUGGCAACACUUCAUCUUCUCUCCUUCUCCAAGUCUACGGACCCCCAGUCCUUCCUCCAGCAACUCAAGCAAUGUCCCGACAUCAAAGUGAUCGUGGCGUCGCGCCCCCGCCACGUGGUGAUCCACCCAACGAUCCUCGACCAGAACACCUUGACCCAAACACCUUGGGAUCUUCUCGUUCUUCUGGCAAAAAAUGACCCAAAAGACACCAACGACCCAAUCCCCGCUACUCUGCGGUCUGCCAUUACUGCGGAAUAUAAAGUGACAGCCGGGAUUCCAUCCAAGCUCAUCGCGACCUAUCCAGCCCGUGAUGCGCAGCUUAAACAAAAAGCUCCUGGCAUUCCUCUCACAGGAUCGCUGGACAAGGUGCUCCGCGAAGGGAGCAAGGAGUCCUCGCAGAAUCUGGAAGUCUCGCCACAACUACUUGACUUCAUGAAGGUGUUGACAGAGACUCAUCCCGGGCCAGUCACAAUGCUCAAUCUCUUACACUUCCAUCAUCCGGGCGGGAAAGAGAGUUACUACAAGUAUGGACAGGCAUUCAUCCCUGUUGCAGGGAAGCGUGGCGGCGAUGCGAAAUUGGUGGGUAAUGUGGUGCCUCCGGGAUCAGGGCAGAAGGAAGAUUCGAGGGGAUCGCCAGACAGACCGCAGCAGGAGUGGUGGAAUGAGAUUUCCAUUGUGCACUAUCCUUCUAUUCGCCAUUUCUGUGACAUGCUGGCUGGAGAUGAUUACCAGGAGAUCAAUGAGAAGUAUCGUUUGUCGGCUCUCCGGGACACGUUCCUCAUGUGCACGACCGAGUUCGAGACUCAGUCGACGGCGACUUCCAAGCUGUGA